GAGCGCUUGACGACCUCAACGACCGUAACGACUUCGAGCACCGACCUCCGCAACGACCUCGAGAUGGCUUCACAGAAUCCUAUUCGAAGGAAGCUCGUCAUCGUUGGCGACGGUGCUUGUGGGAAAACGUCGCUGUUAUGCUCUUUUGCUUUGGGAGAAUUUCCGAAAGAAUACCAACCAACCGUUUUCGACAAUUAUGUUGCUGAAAUCCGCUUAGACGAAAAGCCCGUUCAGCUGGCGUUGUGGGAUACAGCUGGCCAGGAAUCGUACGAGCGCCUUCGACCCAUGUCCUAUUCAAAAUCUCACGUCAUUCUAAUUGCUUUUGCCCUCGAUACACCAGACUCUCUAGAAAACGUUACAACAAAGUGGAUCGACGAAGUGCGAGAUAUAUGUGGUCCUACCAUUCCCGUCAUACUUGUCGGUUGCAAAGCCGAUCUCCGCCCAAAUACCUUCCAUCCUGAUUCCCCAGACAACCCUUCCCCUUGGGUUACACGAGAGCAAGGAGAACGAGUGGCACAAGCCAUUGGGGCGCGUGCUUAUAAAGAGUGUUCAGCGUUGAAAAUCGAAGGAGUUGACGAUGUUUUCGAAACCGCGACAAGGGCGAGCAUGCUGAUGAGGGACGGCGUAGACAACCACAAUCCAACUUUGGAUUCAAGUAAGCACCAUCGGAGAAGGAGCAGCGGAAAGUUUCCGGUUCAAGAGAAGGAGGUCAGAAAGAGUUGGAAUUGUUGUGUUGUUUGCUGAGGUCGCGCGAUUUCUCCUAUGCUGAACUU